CUACUGCAGCCGUGGAACUAAGUGUUGCUAAUGAAUUGUGAAUGGAAGUGAUCAUUCAUCUCCAGUUAUCUUCCCCUUUCUGUGAUUGAAACCCAGAUUUGGAGCUGAGUCAGCUUUGAGCAGCCACAGCUUGUUCUCGGCUCUCUCCCUGCAUGAAUCAACAGCAGUCCCAGGAUAGGCAGAGACCAUCAGGAACUUAACCUUCACACAGAGAGAGACUCCAGAUCUCAGAGAGCAGUGCUCAAGAUUCCAAGACAGAACCCUGGGAUUUUCUACUGGAUAUUUCUUCCUUCAAGGAGUCACAGUGCUUCACAUGGGUCAAGGCAAAGUCAAGUCUCCUGCCAAGGCACCCAAGAUGAAAUCUUGAAAAUGAGAAACACAUUUGCUGAACUGAAGAAUUCAUUAGAGGCUCUCAACAGUAGAAUGGACCAGGCAGAGGAAAGAAUUGUGACACUCCAUUCAGGGUAAUGGACAAGAUGGAGUUUGCAGAGGCGAGGAAAGCACCUGUUCUGUAUGGGUGCCUCUCACACCACCUCUCUGAUCAUCUUCUUCAGCUCCCUUUUUGGAAGCUCCUCUUCUCAUUCCUCAGGGUCUCACUCUGUCACCCAGGCUGGAGCGCAGAGGCAUGAUCAUGGCUCACUGCAGCCUCGACUUCCCAGGACCAAGAGAUACUCCCACCUCAGUCUCCCAAGUAGCUGGGACCACAGGUUGGAACGCAAACCCAGUGUGGCCACGUCCCGUGAAGUUAUGGACAAAAUGUUUCAGUUUCUGUUCACCUCUGGUGUGGGGGAAAGUGAAGGAAGAGAAUGAAGGUGAGUCCCCGCCGUUGCAAACCUUCACCAAACCACGCGGCCCAAUUUUCGUGAGUACCCCUGUGUCCCAGAGAGGAGGACCCAGCGUCCUCGGCUCUGCCGCAUGCCUUCUUGGUCUGGUGGGUACUCGAGGCAGUUGAGAACCUUGCUGAGCUGAGCGGGCACCUCGCCUUGCCUGCUGGUUCGACACCUGACCCCCUCCCCCUGGGAUUAUGUACACGCAUCAUUGGGCUUCAUGGAUGUGGAAAGGGGAGCAAAGGAUGGUUUGGGGGGUACGUCCGGCUUUAGCGAGGGCGUGCGCUUCAGCCCCGACCUUGUCAGUGAGUUGUAGGCGUUGAGGCUGGGCUGCCUCGAGACAGUCACGGCCUGGCCAGAUGGCUGGGAGCUGUGCACCUGGAUGGAGUCCACCCUCUGCGGGGCGGGCGGCGGGUUGUCUCCCCUGCCAAAGCUCUGGUUUCUGGAGAGGUGAGAGGAAUUGGAGGAGUUAGUAUUGUUUCUUUUGAGAGUGGUGGUCUGGUGGCUUCUCGUGAGCGAGUUCGUGGGGUAGCUCCUCUUAUAGUCAACCCCGUAGGAAGAGGAGUGGUGCAUUUCCAGCCGCUUGCUUAGACCGGUCUGAGACAGGGAGGCUCCCGGGGGACCCAGGGAGGCCUCCCGCUGUGGAACUUUGGGGGGCAGGCUGUCCAGGUUCUCCACAAGGUUCACCCCAUGGUUGGGACUCUUGCUGCUGAGAUGUUCCUUGAUGGUCUUAUACUCCAGUGUGGCGGCCUGGUCCUCCAGCGCCAUCUGGGCCACCUCGCUCAUUUUGGGCUGGUCCACGUACUCAUGCUGGUAGCCCUGCUGCGUGAUGGGCAGGACCACCACGCUGGGGAUGUGGCUGGGGGAGGCUCGCAGGGGCAGGUCCGUGGGAAUCACAGGGGAGCCCAUGGGGGGCAUGUCCUUUGUGCAGGCAUUGAUGAGGUUCUGGUUCCUCUCCCACUCGCGGCUGCCGCGGCUGGGCUUCCGCUUCUGCUGCAGCGUUGGGGUUGACUCUGGGGUGGGGAGGGCCGUCAGGUCCAGGUGGUGCUGGUCUGCUUUAAUGAGCAUCUUGGCCGUGUUGCUGGGAGUGGCGAGCUUGCCGUUGUGCAUGAGUGGCGUGAGGAUGGCCUCCGGCUUUGGGUCUUUGGAUUGAGUGUCCCCAAAGAGGCCGCUGAGCUUGGUGACGCUGCUCAUGGAGCCCCGGCGCGAGUGGGUGAGCUCCUUCUCCUUGCGCUGCACCACAGCCACGUCUUUGCGCCGGUGAUCACAGACGCAGUAGACGGUGAUGCCCGAGAAGACGGCCCCCAUGACGAAAGCCAGGAUGACUGCAAUGGCCAAGAGGGUGACGGGAACCAGCUGGUCGUGGCCUUUGAGGGUCCUCCUCCCUUCAAUUGUGACAUCACAGUUGGUUGCUGUGGAAAUGAUUGUCCUAUGACAAAGGAUUGUGACUUAAGUAGAAGCAGCAAAUAUCUCUUAAGAAAUAAAGAUUCUGUGAUCCAACAAAUACCCUUGGUAAUAAAAGGCAGUCAAGGCAAUUCACCAUAAGGAAAGAGUGUACAAGACGGAAAAAUACAACAGAGAAAGAUAACAGGCCGACUCACGUGAAAAUAAAACGAGCGGGAAGGGCAGUUGGCUUAGAAAAUUCCCUUGCCAGCUACUGUGAGUGUGCAUGGGGGGAGGGGGUGGAAGGGCGUGGUAAGGGGUGGAGGAGUAGGGGCCUGUUUUGUAAAUUGCUGAAUAGGCAAGUUUCUUCAAACUUCAGUAGGCUGCCAGAAACACCCUGCCCUUUAAUUUCAAGGCAGUUUUAUUGCAUUUGUUUAUUACUUGCUUGACUUUAUUGGUGGUGCUGUGGUCAGACUCAUUAUUGGAAUGGAAUUGCCUAUUACUUUGCUAUCAGGUUUGAGAUGACUCGAGGCUUUUCCUUGCCUGCCUCCCCUCAGAACUUAAGUUUGAGCUGAACAUAUGAAUUGUAAAUGAACAACUGAUUAAUAUGCAUUGGCAGCUCCUCAGAAAGCUCUCAGAUUGCCCCCUUUUGGCAUGGCCUGUUUAUGCUAAUUAGCAGUUUAGAGAUUAAAAAAGAAGAGGAAUUUACAAAGUGGAUAAUAAUAAAGCAGAAUUGAAAGGGGUUCUUGCCACCAACCCUCACUCAGUCCCCCGGGUUCUGGAUGGGACUUGGCUUGCGAUUGCUGACAGCAAUUGUCUAGAAGAACUGGGAAGCCUUUUAAACACAGAAUUCUGUGAAUGAAAUCUUCUUUUGGACAAUGACAAUCUUUUUCAAUAUCCAACAGCUCACAUGGCCCUAGCAAAUAAAAAUGGUGCUUUAUGGUAAACCACAGACCAGGGUCAGGGGUCAUUCCCAACCAUCUUAGUGUGCAUCCCAGGUCUCAUAUGCUGUUCUUCCUGAAUUAAGUUAUUUGAACAUAAACUGACUUAAUCCUAGGACUUCCUCUUCCCCCUCCAGCAAGCACCACUGAAUUGUGUUGCCAUGGCUUGAACCUGGGCGGGCGGGGGUUGGCGGGGGGCGGGGGGUGCGGGGAGGGAUUUAGCUUUAAAUCGUGUUACUUGCUGCCUAGAAACCUGGAUCUCUCAGAGCAAUGUUGAGAAGUGUAAAAUUAAAGUGAAUUAAAGUUGGAAGUGUAAAAAUAAAGUGUAAAAUUAAAAGG